UCUAUGUAUCUCUGACAGAAAAGACAGGUGAUGUCAAAAAGUACAACCGCUUGUGAAAUACCUAACCUAAAAUUAUCAGGUAUUUAAGCGGUAAAUAAACACAUAAUAAAUUCAAAAAUUCAAUGACUAUAUUCAUGACGUAUUAAAACAUCCGAUACCAUUACUAUGGCGGCGAAUAGUGCGAAUUACUGGAAACGUUUGUGGAGAUGGACAACAUCUAACAACCUGUCCUUGGAAGAGUUGCGGGCAGUUUUGGGCAGUAAGGAAGUCACUGAGGCUUUGUACCAAGGCCUCAACAGUUACAAACCUAAUAAACCUGAGGCCUUCUCCCAGCUGCAGUCCAAAUACCCGGAUCAGACCAAACUGCUUAGUGUGGUUCAAACCUUGCAAAGUUACAUAAAUGUGGACACCUUCCAAGUCUGGGAUAUCAUAAAGCACUACCUAUGUGACAUCUCCUACGGAACACCUGACAACGCCCUGAAGAAUGUAGCCUUUGUGGACACUAGAACAUCAUUUUUGCUACCCAACAUUUGGCGAUUUUACUACUCAGAAAGACUGUUUAUGCUUAAACUGCUACAGUACAUCAUUGAAAACCAUAAUAAUAAGAGUCACAAGUAUCAUGAAGAGUUCUCUAGAAUUUACAAUAAUGGAUGUAAAAAUCUUCUCCCGUCACUCAUUACUCAAUUUGAGAAGGCAAUUUCUACUGUACCACCACCGAGAAAGAUUCAAAGUGACUUUUCAAACGACAGUAUUAGACAGGAAUGGGCAGAAUAUAACUUGAGAGAACAAUUAUUCAUCUUGCAAGUCAUAUUGCUCCUUGUUGAAGAGCAGAAAAUUACCGAUACGGACUUCCAGGCGUUAUUCAAAAUAUUUAGGAAACACAACUAUGGCAAAAACCAAGGAUACCAAGAGAUGUUGGAGGAAAGGCAUAGAGAGAUGUGCAUGAGGAUAACAUACAUGGAAGUCUGUUUAUUUAUAGUCAUCAAUUACAAAAAUCAUGCUAAUGCAUCAUCAUGGAUACAAGCCAAUGAAAAUGUUGUGGAGCCUGAACUUACGAAAUUACAACUGAAUGCAGAGCACAGUGCCAUGUUAUUAUCAUGGAUGCUUCUAUCAUUGCAGGGCAAAGACCAUGCAGUAAUGUUUGAGAGCAAGUAUCAGCACUAUGGCGCAACUGCACUCAAGAUGCACGUGUUUGAAUUCCUGAGUCAGAUGUUGAAUAGCAGUGUAUUUACAGACAAAUCAAAAUGCUCUCAAAUAGCCAGACAAACAGUUUACAAUCUUCUCAAAACAUUAUGCGACAAAUUCGACGGCGACGGAACGAUCAGCCAUCAGGCAGGCAUCACUCAACUCUGUGCCGACCUCCUGCGGUCUCCAGAGAUAGCUGAAGACUUCUGGAAGCUUCAGCAGAAAGAUGACCAGUUUGGUAUUGUGUCGCUAUGGAACACAGCAUUGGAGUAUUUUCCUUACAAUUUCUCCAUGUUAUCUGUAUUGGCUGCUGGCUUGGCUCAGGCUGGGAAAUGUAGUGUUCUAAAUCUCAUAGGUGAGCUGAAAAACUUGCCAGUGUACACAGAAAUAUACAACCCCAAUAGUGUGCCAUUGGUAUCGUUUGACUCUGAUGACGCUACAAUAGGCCGAGAGUACUUCCCUCUGGGAGGUCCCUCGUACCGCAUCGAAGCAGGAUCAAAGGCUACCGUCAUGGAGAGGAAAGAGGGAACGAUGAUACACUUCCGAACUCCUUACUCUUAUUGGACAGUGUUCAACAGUGAAAUUGAGAAAGCACUGGAUCGUAAACAACAUCAUAACGUUUUGUCGGCAUUGCAGCGAGUCUAUGAGGGUGCUAAAGUUUUAAAAGGUAUCCUGAAAGCUUUAGUAGCAGACAAAGAGAUCCCCAAAAGCUUGGUGGCUCCGAGUGAGGGCGUAUUCGACGUAUUAGUGCGGUUUAUGCGCGCGGAUGCGACCGCGCUGCCGCUACUGGUGCAGUGUCUUGAAGUCUGCGCCGUUCUCGUGCCGGUCUUCCCCAAGGAGAUACACUUGAGCGAGGGCGUAUUCGACGUAUUAGUGCGGUUUAUGCGCGCGGACGCGGCCGCACUGCCGCUACUGGUGCAGUGCCUUGAAGUCUGCGCCGUUCUCGUGCCGGUCUUCCCCAAGGAGAUACACUUGAGGCUGGUGAACACGGGCUUACUCCCGCGCGCGCGUAGCCUUCAACUGUCAGCAGCGGAAUAUGCACGAGGCGCGUCUUUUGACUCGGGCGCAGUGGGGUCAUUCCUCGUGGCGGUAGAGCAGCCGGGCGGCUCUUACCACUUGUUGGGCGCGUACAUCGACUUGCUGUGUGCUUUUCAUGAGUCGUCAACAGAUGAGCGCAUCACAAUGGAGAUCAUCCUUCCCGGCCUGGUCCUCAUAGUCCGGGAAGUUUUCCCUAACAUGUUGGGAUGGCGAUACGCUUCGUUAGCGCAACGCCGCGAACUCACCGGCGCUUGUCUGAGACUACUAGCUUUAGUACUACAGAAGAAAACUGGUGGCGAACGCGCUACAAUACUAAGACGUACUGGGCUGCAUAGUCUACAUGAUGCAGAUAAUGCGCGUCAAUUGUUACACUGUCUUGCUGUGGGUAACGAAAAUCUCGAAAAAAUCAUGCUCGACGAAACGAACUGGAUUUCGGGACCUGGCAACGAGUACAUAACCAGCUUACAACGCUGCGUUGCCAUCAUCAUGUUCGCACUACGCCUGAAAGAAGAGAUCGGCUCUCCCAGUGAGAUGACGCCGUUGGAACACCUCAUAUUUGCGCAGAACAAACAAAAAGACCGACUGAAGGUGGUGCCAAAAGUGACCAGUUACAUAAACCAUGCGUUCAACAGGAGUCUGCCGGUUCUCAGCUGUCGAUUAUUGAAGAGAUUUGCUGACGGAUUCCAAAUGUCUCUCUUCGCGUCUUUGGAUAUGACAGCGUACCAAGUCCGCGUCAUGUUCCUUGACCGAUUGCGCGAUGAACACGAAAGUCUGGAACUAAAAGUGGCAAUACUCGAGUUCGUAGCUACUUGUAUUGGGAAGCAACCAGGUCUUACUGAAGCAUUCUUCAUGAUGAACCAUGAAAAGGCUAAGGCGGAGGAAAAUGACAAGGAAGGCAAAGACCAAAAGAAGGCUGAAGUAGAGAAGAAAACUGCUCCCGAGACUGAUGAUAGUUUUGAAGGCAUCUUAGGGUAUAUGGCUGACUAUCUCAGCACUAUUAAGACUGACGCAAAAUACCUCCACAGCCCAUUGCUAGGCUGCAUUAUGGCGCUAUUCCACGCGUUAUGGAAGAACAACAUGCAAAUUCUAGUCAAGAAGCUUAGAGAGAACAAGAACUUUUGGGAACACUUGACCAGUCCUCUGUUCAAUGAAAUACAACCUGGUUUACGCACGUACGCACAGAUUUUCAAUGUAUUGGGUAUCGAACUGUUUGCAUCGAGAGAAAAGCUGGAGCCAAAUCUCAAAGCAGUGCUAGAACAGUUUUUUGAUACUGACAAGAAGCAUUUAGACACGUGGGUUGAUUUUGUCUAUUCCUUUGAUGGAAAAGAUGAGGAAGUGGAGGUCGUAGAUAAAGUCCCCGUUUGGUUAGGACUGCUAACAUCUUGGAAAGAUUUCACAACCAUUUUCUGCAAAUGUCUACCCAUAAGCUUGAACAUAGCACACAAGUCCAAAAUGGUCGCGCCUUGCAUGAACGCGCUGUUGAACGAGUUAGAUGAUUUAAAAGACGGCAGGCUCGUCGUGAUUCUAGCCGAGUUAUACGUCAUAAUGCUAGCCAACUGGAAGGAUGAUUGCUUCGAGAACAGAAAGGCAAACGCGAAGCAAAUAGAUAACCUUCUUACGAAUACAGCAGCCGUUUACGAAUGUUUACAUCCACGCGCUAUUCGAGCAAUACUAUCAAUUUGCACUGUUGCUAUCAGCAGUUUGGAUUAUGAAAUCAAAGCGAACAGUGCAACAGCUCAAAGUAUUAUACGGUCUGUGACCAACAUCAACAGUUUGGAGCUCCAAAAGUUACUUGAUGACAUAACCGACGUUCCAAAAGCUGAACCCAAAUCUGAUAGCACUAAAACCUCCGAAGAAAUACCUCCAGUCGUGUUAUGCCUGGCUAUGUUAGAGCAGUGCUUGGAUUUGUACGAUGAAAUGUUUUCGGGGCUAUCGCAAUGGUUCCAGUCCAGCAAGUUUAUCAACAAACUGCUUUGCUGUCUUCAAACGUGCUUGCAAAGCCGCCGGCACUACCACACGUCUCUGGCCGCGUUGCGUUGCAUCACUGCGUAUUCUAGAGGGCCAUUCUCGAAGGAUCUACUCAUGAGUGACGUCGAUCAGUUUCUUUGGCUGCAACUGUUGCCGCCGAAAAUUGAUAGCAAUGGGGGAUCAUCCACGUGGAAGCCGCAAGAGUGGUGGCGUGUGUACGCUUACAGUUUGGACUUUAUAUCGAUGAUGGUUAUGAAGCACGGCCAAUUCUUUGCUAGUGACGCCAUAACCUUUGUCGGCGUGCAUUUGGAGCACCUUAUAGAAGCGAUACUGCUGCCGCGUCAGGUGUUCAGUUUAGAUGCGUUGAACCUAUGCGCGUCGACUUUGAAUCUGGUGGUGCAGCUGGUGAAGUUCGAAUCGAGGUGGCGCAUUCAGAAUAUCAAUUCGUUGAUCGGUAUUAUGCGCAGCAUAAGCGCGUGCCUGUACCAGUGCGUGACGCUGAUGCUGCGCGCGCGCCGGCCCGCCGACGCGCCGCCGCACGACGAACACGCGCCCGCGCCCGCCAUGCUGCAUAGAACUUUGGAGAUCCUUCACAUGGCAACGCUCUGUCUGCUCUCCUUCAGUCCAGACCUGCUCUCGCUACUAGCUGACCCUGGACUAGACAUGGAGCGUUGGCAGCCCCUCGUGGAACUUCACUUCGGGGCUCCCAAGAUAUCCUACGAGCCGUUCCCGCAGCUGACAUUUGGGACCUUGCUGUCGGCUAUAUGUCUGCUCACCAGAUCCCUCAAUCAUGCGUACCACGCAGACGAAGGCAGCGGCUCGCGUUCCCCGCGCGGUCGCAGACGCGCCUGCUCCUGCGGCAGCCCCGGCGAGUCCCGGCGCGCCAACCGCAGCGAGUCGCUCACCAGCAUCUCGUCGGCCGCCAGCGCGCUGCCCUGGCUGGACGAGCGGCUCGUGGCCGGCGCGCUCGAGGCCACCGCCACGCUGCUGGCCGAGCAGUCGCUCACCAGCAUCUCGUCGGCCGCCAGCGCGCUGCCCUGGCUGGACGAGCGGCUCGUGGCCGGCGCGCUCGAGACCACCGCCACGCUGCUGGCCGAGCAGUCGCUCACCAGCAUCUCGUCGGCCGCCAGCGCGCUGCCCUGGCUGGACGAGCGGCUCGUGGCCGGCGCGCUCGAGGCCACCGCCACGCUGCUGGCCGAUGGUUGUGAGGCACCGCUCCCGUGCCCGGGGUGUGACGUCAGCAAACGCAGCCAGUCGCUCACCAGCAUCUCGUCGGCCGCCAGCGCGCUGCCCUGGCUGGACGAGCGGCUCGUGGCCGGCGCGCUCGAGGCCACCGCCACGCUGCUGGCCGAGCAGGCGCUGCUAGCAGUCCGCGACGCGAGCGUGCCGAGCCGCCACAAGCAACUAGUGCGGCGCGAGCUCAGCUCCGAGCUAACCGUCUUCCACGACUUCGUGCGCAAGCGCAUCCUCUGCGCCGCGCACUCGCGUCCGCACCUCGUCCGCUCCCACCUCGGCGCCUGGCCCCUACCCGCCAACGAGGAGGAAACCAAACGCAUCGAAGAGGCCAGAAAAGACAAAAACCUUUGUCUAUGCGACGACGAAUCCGAAACACCCCCGCCCCCGCCCCCUAAACGCGCCGCCCACGAUUCCAUGCGGGAAUACAUCCUCCGCAAACACUACCUGAACAAAUGCGCCCAAACACCAACCAAAGGACCUCCCUCCCCUGUCUCCCAUUCCACUCCCGCGUCGGACAAGAAGAAAGAAACUUCUAGAAGCUCCAAGCGAGUCUCCUGGGCCGAGACGACUAGAGACAGCGACGAAAGUCUCGAUAGUUCGCUCCAAGAGAUCGAGCCGGUCUACUCUAAUUUGACUGAUGUACAAAUCAACAACGACGAAGACUACUUCCACUUUAUGUCUAUUGUGUUCCUUUAUAUUUGUCAAACUGAUUUGUAAUGUGUGGAUUCAAGUUUUAGCUGUGUAAAAAUAAAAUUGAUCAUUUUUUACAUCUACUUUAACGUUUACAUA